GAGACAUCUGUAGAUGCCUGCGCGCUUAACAAAGAACGAAGUAGACUCGCCAGUUCUAUUCAUCGAAGAACACAUUUCAUAUUUUAAAGCUCAGUGUGUAGCUUUUUGUCUUUUGGAAAGGUCCUGGCGGACACAUGGAUGGAGAAACCAGAUAAUCAUUUUGUUGUGGGUACAGCUGGGUAAAUUAACUAGGUGCACCCAAAUACAAAUUUUAACUUUUCAUGUGCAUAGUGUUUUUCCUCGGUGAUAGCCUAAUUGUUUUUAGCGGCACGGGCGGAAGCGUAGAUACAAGGUUUCAAAGUAAUCGCUUUAGUAGCUAGCGGAAAAGACUUGUUGCACGAGAAACACCCCCUGGGAAUUGAUAAUACACGCUAGAGCUCUCUGUGCAUGCAUAUAUUUCUUCAGCAGGCGGUGAUCGAAAAGCCUAUUUGCUUUGCAAUCAAUGUGCACGAGCGUUGUUCUGCUUCAAGAGGUUUGACAAGUUGGAUAGGACGGAGAAAAGCAAUGAAUAAGUGACUGACUUUGCGAAAAGCAGACAAGUGGUUCACGUAGAAACGGAUACAGCGGAAUUAAGAAAAGUGGAGCAAUUGUUACUGGCAGUUCGAGCUGACACGCCCGCGGACAGAUGUGUAACAGCGUUCCUAAAUUAAGACGUUAAAAUAUUUACAGGUAGCGAAAUUGUCUUUACAUGGCACGCCGAGACGAACGACCAACGCAGACUUAUGUUGAAGUGUAAACUUUUUGGAUUAAAUUAAUAAACAGGCAUUUACAACUAUUUGUUCCUGCGCUGCUCAUGAUGUCUGAGCGGGAGUGCUGUGAGGACGGACUGUGCGGGGAUGGAGCCCCGGAGUUCCACCCAGGUAGGGCGUCUAGGGCUGGCAGGCGGAGUGGAGUCAUCCUCCCGAUGGCGGAGCGCUCGAGCCCCGGCGGCCAGGACUCGGAGACAAUCCUCCUGGAGGCGGUGAAGGCGGCACCCCGCAGGAGCAGCAUCAUAAAGGACCCGUCGGUGCAGAAAGCGGUGGGCGGACGCAAGAAGACGGUGUCCUUCAGCAGCAUGCCGUCGGAGAAGAAGGUGAGCAGCGCGGCCGACUGCCUAGCCUUCAUGCAGGGCGGCUGCGAGCUGCGCAAGGUGCGUCCCAAUGGCCGCGUCUACUGCCGCUUCUACACCCUGGACCCGGACCAGGCCUGCCUGCGCUGGGAGCCGUCCAAGAAGGACGGGGACCGGGCCCGGCUGGACAUCGCCUCGGUCCGGGAGGUGCGGGCGGGCAAGAGCACCGACACCUUCCGGCACAACGGCCCUGCUGAGCACCUGGCGGAGGAGGCUGCCUUCUCCAUCAUCCACGGCGAGGACUACCAGUCACUGGACCUGGUGGCCCUCUCGGCCGAUGUGGCCAACAUCUGGGUGACAGGGCUGCGGUACCUGCUGUCUCACCCGGCGUCGGUCGGGGGCGGGCCUGGGGGCGACGGGUCGGAGGGAAACCCCGGCAGCCUUAUGCGCACCGCCUGGCUGGCCGCCGAGUUCACCAAGGGCGACGAGGAUGGCUAUGGCAUCGUGCCUGAGGACGUUGCCGUGGCCACCAUCUGCAGGCUGUGCCCAAGGAUCAAGGAGGCCAAGGUGCGUCUCAGGUUCAAGGAGAUCCAGCGUAGCAAGGAGAAGCUGACGUCCCACGUGACCCUGGAGGAGUUCCAGGAGGCGUACUGCGAGCUCUGCACCCGGCCCGACGUCUACUUCCUGCUGGUGCAGCUGUCCAAGGACCGCGAGUGCCUGGACGCCCAGGACCUGCGGUUCUUCCUGGAGACGGAGCAGGGCGUGGCCCAGGCCACGGCCGAGAGCUGCCUGGACAUCGUGCGGCGCUUCGAGCCCUCCGCCAUGGGCCAGGAGCGCGGCCUGCUAGGCCUGGAUGGCUUCACCCGCUACCUGCAGUCGGCGGAGUGCCAGCUGUUCGACCCCGAGCACCAGCGGGUGUGCCAGGACAUGAGCCUGCCCCUCCCCCACUACUACAUCAGUGCCUCGUACCGCUCCUACCUGCUGGAGGACCAGGUGCACGGCCGGGCCGACCUGGGGGGCCUGGUGAGGGCCCUGCAGGCCGGCUGCCGCUGCCUGGAGCUGGGGGUGACGGACGGCCCCGAGGGGGAGCCGCUUCUGGGGGUGGAGCACGCCCCGGCCCCCCACCACCAUCACCAUCACCACCACCACCACCACCACCCGCCCCCCCUCACCCUGCGCAGCGCCCUGGAGGUGGUGAACAAGUACGCCUUCCUGACCUCCUCCUACCCCCUGCUGCUGUACCUGUGCCAGCGUUGCUCCCCGCCCCAGCAGCGCACCCUGGCGCAGCACCUGCGCAAGGUGUUCGGGCUCCGCCUCUACGUCCCGGACGAGCCCACCGGCGGCCCCGGGGGCAGGGGGUGCGUCCAGCUGCCCUCCCCGGAGCAGCUGAAGGGGCGGGUGCUGCUGGUGGGGAAGAAGCUGCCCCCGGAGGAGGACGGCUCGGAGGGCGAGGUGUCGGAGGACGAGGAGGAGAUCGGGGGCGGGGGCCCGCUGGCGGGCCGGCGGAUGACCAUCCCUGGGGAGGAGGAGCUGGGCGUGGUGCUGGUGGUGCCCCCGCCCCCCCAGCCACGGCGGCUGCGUCUGCGGCGGGAGCUGUCCGACAUGGUGGCCCUGGCACGCACCGGCAGCCGCACCUUCUACGCCCUGCGGUUGCAGCAUCAGCAGCAGCAGGGGUCCCCGCCCAGCACCCCCGGCAGCUCCGUCCCCCAGGACCUGCCCUGCUGGACGCUGUGCUCCCUGGGGGAGGGCGAGGCCGGGCGGCUGGCCAGCGAGACCCCCGAGGAACUGGUGGGCUUCACCAAGCGGAUGCUGACCCGGGUGCGGCCCAGCUCGGUCCGGCUGGACUCCAGCAACCCCAACCCCCAGGGCUACUGGCGGGGCGGCUGCCAGCUCGUGGCCCUGAACCAGCAGACCCCCGGCGCCAUGCUGGACCUGUACCGCGCCCGCUUCGCCCAGAACGGGGGCUGCGGCUUCGUACUGCGGCCUGCUGUCAUGCGAGAGGAGGUGUCCUACUUCAGCGCGCACACCCAGGGCUGCGUGCCGGGAGUGCCUGCGCACACCCUGCGCGUCAAGGUCAUCAGCGCCCACGGCCUGCCCAAGCCCCAGGGCGCGGGCUCCAAGGGCGAGGUCAUCGACCCCUACGUGGUGCUGGAGCUGCACGGCGUUCCCGCCGACUGCGCCGAGCAGCGCACCCGCACCGCCGCCCAGAACCAGGACGACCCGCUCUUCGACGAGACCUUCGAGUUCCAGGUGAACAUGCCUGAGUUGGCCCUGCUCCGCUUCGUGGUGCUGGACGAUGACUACAUCGGCGAUGACUUCAUCGGCCAGUACAGUGUGGCCUUCGAGUGCCUGCAGCCUGGCUACCGUAAUGUGCCCUUACUGGACCUCCUGGGCGAGCUGAUUCCCCACGCCAGCCUCUUUGUCCACGUGGCCGUCACCAAUCGUCGGGGUGGGGGCAAGGCCCAGCGGAGGGGGCUGUCUGUCCGGAGGGGGGUGCGACGGGGGCGCGAGUACGUCACCCUCCGCAACACCGGCAUCAAGGCCCUGGACGACACCUUCCGCCCCGCGGCCGCACCGCUGAAGGAGGCCGCCGACCUGAGGGAGGACACGCAGAAUGCCACGGUCAGUUUCAAAGAGCACUGUGGGCUCCCCCCAGUGGCCAAACUGAAGCAGUGCAUCCAGAGCCUGACGACUCGUCUGCAGACGCCUGAGGGGCCACCCGGGGCCAGUCUGGCCAUGAGGGACGGCUACCCCUGUCUGGAGCCGCUGGGCAACCUUCCCGACGCCACACGCAAGCUGUUCAGUGCAUACGACACGAUGAUCACAGCCCACAAACAGCUGAUUGAGAAUGCGGACAGCGUGCAGGAGAGGAUCGCUCAGGUGCAGAAAGAAGGCAUGGAGUUCCAUGAAGACUUGCCCAGGCUUGUGGAGAAGGAGGGAUUGAAGGGCCGAAAGCAGAGCAAAGCAGUGGAGAGCUUUACGUGGAACAUCACGGUGCUGAAGGGUCAGUGUGACCUCCUGCGCAGCGCGAAGGCCGACGCCCUGGACGCCCUGAGGCAGCUGGCCCUGGCGUGUGAGGCGUGUGGACUGACCGCCUCCCUGGACCUCCAGUACACCCCCCACCCAGCCUCCGAGCACAGCGCCCACACCAGGAGAGGCAGCGCCCAGGGCAACGGGCGUAUCUGAGACACCACC